UUGCAUUCUGCAUGAAGUCGUUCAUUGAGUGCGAGUAUGAGGUCUACUCUGUUGCCACCUCUUCUUCUCUCCAUCCUCUUAACAGUCGGAACUGAUGUCACAGCAGAAGAGGAGGACAGGAAGCCAAAUUUUGUUCUGAUUAUGGUUGAUGACCUGGGCAUUGGUGAUGUGGGCUGCUAUGGUAAUGAUACCAUCAGGACUCCUAACGUUGACAAACUGGCUUCAGAAGGGGUGAAGCUGACACAACACAUUGCUGCUUCUCCUCUCUGCACCCCAAGCCGAGCUGCUUUCAUGACGGGCCGCUAUGCCAUUCGAUCAGGUAUGAGCAGUGCAGGCCAUAUGCAAGUGCUACUGUUCCUUGGAGGUUCGGGGGGCCUCCCACCCAAUGAAAUCACAUUUGCUAAAAGGCUACAACAACAAGGAUACACCACUGGCUUAGUUGGUAAGUGGCACUUGGGUGUGAACUGUGAACACAGAGGGGAUCACUGUCACCACCCAAACCAUCACGGCUUCAGUUUCUUCUAUGGCAUGCCUUUCUCCCUCUUCAGUGACUGUAUACCUGGAAAUGGAAGCGACAUCCUGUUCAGUCUCCAACAAAUGCUCCAAAACUUCUCUCUGUUACUUGGACUUGGACUAAUCACACUGGUAUUCGUCCGUGUGUGUGGCCUUCUUCAUAUCAGCCUCUGGCUCCUCGUACCACUUUCUUUUCUCAGUAUAUCAGUGACUGCUCUGUGGAUUGUGCCCUUUAAGUUCCUGCCGACAUGGAAUUGUAUCAUCAUGAGGAACCAAGAAGUGAUUGAACAGCCAAUGACAGCAGAGACACUGCCCCAGAGGAUGCUAGAAGAGGCACAAAAUUUUAUUAAAAGGAAUGCUGAUCGUCCAUUUCUCCUUUUCUUCUCUUUGGUCCACAUCCACACGCCGCUUUUCAAAAACCCUGCCUUUGCUGGCCGAAGCCAGCAUGGUGUCUACGGGGACAACGUUGAAGAAAUGGAUUCCAUGAUUGGUCAAAUAACAGAGACGGUGGAUUCACUUGGUUUAACCACCAACACUCUGAUGUACUUUGCAUCUGACCACGGUGGAUACAUCGAGGAUAAUCAGAAAGGAGGCUGGAAUGGCAUUUAUAAAGGUGGGAAGGCCAUGGGGGGCUGGGAGGGUGGCAUCAGAGUGCCUGGUAUUUUCCGCUGGCCUGGUAAACUGCCAGCUGGAAGAGUGGUGGAUGAACCAACUAGUCUUAUGGAUCUAUAUCCCACACUCAAAUAUCUGGCCAAGGAUACACAACCAGACAGACCCUUGGAUGGCUACAACCUCAUGCCGCUGUUGGAGGGGAAAUUAGAGCGAUCAGAACAUGAAUUUAUGUUCCACUACUGCGGUGUCUAUCUCAAUGCCGUUCGCUGGCACCCUCCAGGCAGUAACUCCAUCUUCAAAGUGCACUUUUUUACACCUAAUUUCUUCCCGCCGGGAACUGGUGCAUGCCAUAACUUGGGCAUAUGUUUAUGUCACGAUCAUGUGACGCACCACAACCCGCCUCUAGUGUUUGACCUUUUCUACGACCCCUCGGAGUCUCAUCAGCUGAGCCCCGACACUGAGCCACGAUUUGAUGAAAUCCUGAAGCAGACGGCCGAAGCUGUAGAGCGGCAUCAAAGUACCUUUCCAAACACGGGAGUCCCCGACGGUACCGGCUCGCACACCAGCACACACGGUGUUCCGAACCAACUGACCUGGCAGGAGAUUGUGUGGAAGCCGUGGCUUCAGCCCUGCUGUGGGACAUUUCCGUUCUGUGGCUGCAAAGAGGAGAAGAAGUCACACACUUAAAACCAGUUUGCUCCCAGACACACUGAAUAUCUUGAUGAUCCAUGGCAGAAUAUAGCUCAUAACAGAAAUGCAUUUGGGUGUGUCCAGUUCCAAUUUGCUAUUUGCACGGUGUGUAAUCUCAGCACAGAGUAAGGUGCAGGGAGCAACAAACUCAUCAGUGUGUUUUGGAUGUAACAUGAAGUAAACCAAUCAGGUUGUCCUCUGUUAUUCCCUUUUAGAGUGCGUUGUGCUUGAAAAAUGUGCUUUGCAAUUUUGAUGGUUGAGUCAAGUGAGAGGUUUUCUGGCGAGGAAAGGAAUCUGAAGGUAAAACAUCAAAGUGCGUCAUUGAAUGUCUUGUUCCUGUGAUAUGUCUCACUCCUCCACUUCCAUCCAUCCAGUCUCACCCAAUCUCAUCACCACCCCCCCCCCCCCCCCCCCCCCCCACUGCACCUGCACCGCGGUCAGCCACAUCUCAAUACUUUGUAUGCACGAACAGAAAACAUUCAUAAAAUUGUGUACACACAUCAUGAACACACCUAUUUAAAUAGGUGUUGAUCUGUACUUUCUGCUGUUUCAUGAAUGAAAAGCACCAACAUUUUUAAGACAAACACUCUCAUGGGAUGGGUGUGUGUAUAUUUUGUAUUUUUUCACUGUGGGGUGCGUGUGUGAUAAUGACUACUGCAUCACUUUGAAACUUUCACUGUGUGCUGCCCUGUUGCACAUUGUCUAAGACAAAGCCCUUCAUCUCAGGAUGCUUCCUUGGUAUAUGAUAGUUAUGUUGCUUCUGAGGUUCAGCAUUCCUUCAAGAGAGCUCAGCCUUUCUACUGUUUAGAAGUUUGCAAAGAUAAGAAUUUUUUAUGCAUUAACCAGCACAAAGUGUUCAGUCUUGUGCACAAAUACUGUGCAGGUGGGACAAACCUGCAACCUUGGAUUAAAUUAUUUGUCUCUUCCAGUAGUGUUAAGCUUUCGAUCGACCAAGCGGGGUCAUUUAUGACCCAGUUAUAUUUUAUACAAGAAUAUUUUUUCUUAAAUGCUCAAUUUGUGCAUAUAUGCCUAAACUUCUUCCUUUAUGUGUGACAAAUAUAAAAUGUUUGAAAGUAGUUAAUUAUGAUUGUCAACCAUUUUCUUAAUUUCAAAAAAAUAAAUAAAUAAAAAU